UCGGCGAAAUAGUUUAAAUAGUGACAAGUUGAGCAUACGAUGCUUUGUUACUCAUACCGUCAGCAGAUAUAGUGCCUAAUCUUAGUUGAGGAGGACGCCCGUAAAUUCUAGCUUCGUUACCACUGGUGGAGGGUAAAUAUUUCAUUGGUGUGUGUCGUAAUGAUCACUGUGUGAGUGGUAGUAGUUCAAUACAGUCUAGAAAAUGUAUGUAUUCUGUUCAGUUUCUACUCGGUUACUCAACUGAUUGUCUUAUAAUCAAUCAUAACUUAGUUGCUUUUUAUUGAGCAAUUUUAUGUCAGAUGUUGGAUUAAUUAUAAAGUUCAUCUAAUAAGGAUAUAUGACUUCAACAUAUAAACGAGUUCUUAAAUUAUAGAGUUAAUUUGUGUUAGUUGUUACUUCACCUUCACUUAUUGAGAUUGUACACGUGCUCACGAUCUGCCUACAUGCCAAUAAAAUUUCGUAGCUCAAGUAGCGGGUUGCGCCUAGCCCCGUCCGAAAUUCAUUUCAUAAAAGAUUCUACAAAUGGGUUACUGACACCAGAACAGAGUUUUAUAGAAGAUCUGAGCAUAAAAAUUCAAGAAAACAAAGACAAAAUGCCAAAAAUUCAAGUAGUUCAGAAAGAUGGAUCUUGGUUUGCCCUAAACAAUAGUUAUCUCCAUGUCUUCCGUGAACUAGAGCGCCAAGGAAAGUGCCCGAAAAUAAAUGUAGAAAUGGUACCAUUGAGUAAAGUCCCAGAAUAUGUCCAGAAGCAAAUGAUUGUGGAUGAAAGCGAAAUCCAUACAUCAGUAAAUAAAACGCCUGUGAGAAAUCUGAUGACUGAAAGCACAGCAGGGGCAGAAGGAUCUGAUUGGGAAAUAGGUACGGAAGUGGAUAUAUUGUUGAUUCUUGUAUUCACGAAUAUUCUUCAAUCUUGGAGAACUGACGAGAGUUUUCGCCAUAC